AUGAGGGGCGGCGGCGGCGGCAACUCGCAGGGCAGUUGCGGCGGCGGUGGCAGCGCAGGGAAGGGGUGGCAACACGCGGCGGCGCAGGGGGAAGGGGAGCGGAGCUCACUGGGGGGCGGCGGCGGCAGCGCGCAGGGGCAGGGGCAGCGGUUGCGGCGGCCAAAUUUUCUGCCUAGAAUUACGCUUGCAAAUAUAUGGGAGCCAACAAGCAGAGAAUCUUGUGACAAUAAUGUUUGGAAGAUAGUGAAAGCUUCUUUAGGCAUUCUAUUUGCCCAGUCUACUCUGCAGGAACCAGCAUUCGAAGAACUGAUCAUACUUUAUUCUGAUGAUUCUGCUCAAAGUAAUGAGAAGGAGAGCUCUGAGAGGCAGAUGCUGCCGCCACAGUUGAAAAUUUACGAGAAAAUACCCAUCCCAGAUCUGCCAGUGGUUUUUCCUCACAAAAAGCUGUCCUUCCGCAUCCUUGAUACAGUAAGGCUGGAUAUAGCUACAGUAAUAGGAUUGUUGGCAUAUGUUGUCAACUACAAAUUCGAGAGUUUAGCCUCAUCGCCGUCAGCUUUCCUUCUUGAUCUAGCUGCUUUUACUGCACUUGCAAUACUGGUGUUCCGUGUUACGCUGGGCUACAAACAGACCAGGGAUAGAUACCAGCUUCUUGUCAAUAAGACGCUCUAUGAGAAGACAUUAGCAAGAGGCUUUGGUUCAGUAUACUUUCUUGUAGAUGCUUCCGAGCAACAACAGUAUAAGGAAGCACUCUUGGCAUAUGCUAUGUUACUCGGCAGAAAUAAGUAUCAGGUGUCUUCUCGCGCAAGCAUCAGAGAUAUGUGCGAGCAGUUUAUGUAUGAGAAAUUUAAUGCGAAGAUUGAAAUGCCUAUCGACAAAGCUAUGGAGACGCUGCUGCGGUUGGGUCUGGUGGUCGAGCUGUCAACUAAUGGCAGCUCCUCCUCUGUAAUAGUCUGCUGGAACAUAAGACAUAACAAGGGUGACGAAACUACAGUGUAG